ACGGUAGUACACGCGUAAAACGAAGUCUAUUUUAGUUCGAUUUCUUAACUGAAUAAAAAGCACGGAAAUAUUUAUGAAAUUCGUGUGAGAAACAUGUACUGGCUUAAAGUGGCGUUAGUUGUAAUUGUGAUUAGUCGAGUGGACAGCAUCCAGAGCAAGAGCAACGAAACUGACGAUCGCACCAUGCUACCAUGUGCAACGACGGCAAACGCAUGUGUCAACGGAACCGAAUUAAUUCUAAAUUUCGAAUUUCCCAAAGAAACGACAAUAUCGUACAUAUCGACCUACUGGAAUUGUUAUAAUUUCAGUAGAACCAAGGACUCAUCAUCAUUUAUUGGUGAAAUGAGUACAAAUGUGUCCAGCAUUUGCAGAUAUUUCUUGACUCAACAAAAUGACAUCCCGUUGUACUACAUUGAAGGAUCUGAUUUAUCCGAACUCCACAACGCCUGCCCUCAGCAAGACAAAAUCUGCAUUUUGGAAGUCACCUGCCCUUUAAAUAACUUCAACGUCAAUGCCGUCUUCGAUGAUUCCAAUUACAGGAACUUGAACGUCUCGUGGGACAAAAUUAAUAGUGACGAAGUUGUCGAUGUUUCGAUCGUAGAAGAAACCAAUAGCGAUUAUGUCUCCGCCUGUUUCAGUGAAAGCUACGUGCGGAACCAUUCCCUUAAAAAUAAUACGAUCUUGCGCCCGGGUUUCGUCAAAGCAGACAAAGUUUACCCUGGGUGUAGGUACAAGGUUGAGGUGGAUUACACAGGACCUGACCAACGACCAAUUUACUGCUCACUCAAGUACACGGUUCCUGAGUGCGAAAAUUGUACCACUUCAGAUAUGAAAUCAGACGACUGUUACUAUUUUGAACAGAAACCAGAAAUUUUAAAUGUUAGUCACAUUUCCGAGGAUAGGUUUUUGGUGAGUUGGAAUCCCGGGAAGACGUUUCGUCAAGGCAAAUUGUACGUCAGCAGCGAAGUUUAUUUUGAAUACGGGGUGGAGGCGGCGGGUGUGUCAUUAGAAGCUGCACAAGUGACAAGGAACAACGUACCAGAAUACACAGCCGAGAUUGUUAUGAAGUUAUCGGCGGGAAAAAAGUACGCACUGGUUGGUACUUUUUCGAAUAAUGGUUCUUGUGCGGUACAAUCGCCACAUUACCACUUUACAGUCCCUACGGAAAGUGCCAGUGUGGUACUCAUCGUAAUUCCAGUCGCGUUUGUUUUGUUGGGGGUAUUGCUUGCUUUGAACUAUAAGAAGAUACCGAAAUUGAAAACAAAAAUGUUAAAUCUGCUGGUGCGUACAGGGUGGUGCGACUCUCCACACGAACCAGUAAGAAUGCGGAGCGACCCAAUUCACAUGGACACUAAUACUCACUAUAUUCCUACUGGAACUUCGGAAGAACCAGUGGACGAAUAUGAAUUCCCCAGGAGCCGAAUCAUCAUCAAGGAGGUAAUCGGAAGUGGUGCUUUCGGACAAGUGUACUCAGCUAAAGCCAUAGGGAUUGGGGGCAUUCGGGGCUACAGGAUGGUGGCGGUUAAAACUUUAGGCGAAGGCGAAAGCAUAAGUAGGGAGGCAACGAAUGACUUCAUAGCAGAAAUCGAAAUUUGCAAAAAAGUGGGGUACCACAUGAACGUGGUGACCCUUCUGGGCUGUUGUACCGUGGACACCCCGUUCAUGAUGAUCAUGGAACUAGUACCUUGUGGUGAUUUGAAAAAAUAUUUGCUGGAAUUGCGAGCGCAGUGGUUGAAAAUGAAAAAUGUGGCACUGAGUAGGCAGUUCAUGUUUCCAGAUACCAGCGAUGGAACGAUACAGCCGCCGUCGCCACUCACCCCGGUGUCGAUAGGGUCAAGCCAGUUACCAUCAACCUCUGACACCGUGUUUACCAUGUUGGAAAACCCCAUGACUCCCCUCCUCUCCCACUACACUCUAGACAAAGUCCUCGACCACACCGAGCUCCAGAACUUCGCCCUCCAAAUCGCCAAAGGCAUGUCCCAUCUGGAAAAAAUCGGCGUCACUCAUCGGGACCUCGCCGCUCGAAAUAUCCUCAUCAACGAACACAAAAUCCUCAAGAUAUCCGACUUCGGGCUCUCGCGUUGCGGUCCUUACGUCAACCACAAGACUAAAAGACUUCCGUUGCGUUGGAUGGCCAUCGAGGCUAUAGUAGAACAGAAGUACGAUAGUAAAAGUGACGUGUGGUCGUUCGGGGUGGUGUUGUGGGAAAUCGGGACUCUGGGAGCUUUCCCGUACGACCAAGUCCCGGAUUCGUUCAUCCAGCAGUUUCUGCAACUCGGGAGGAGACUCGAUCGACCGGAAAUCUGCACGAACGAACUCUAUUCCGUGAUGCAGCAGUGCUGGAGCCUGGACCCGGAGCAAAGACCCACGUUCCGGGAGUUGGUGGAGGCGCUGGACGUGAAGAAGAGGAAAAUCUACGCGAAUUUUACCCAGCUGAAUCCGACGUACAUCUUUCCGCCGAGUGACGUGGAGAAAGUGGACAAUCCGGUGCGGCUUGUUGAUGUCGACAUGGACGCUUAGUGUGUUACAAAAUUCUGCAAACAAAGUCAGUGUUGGAUUGUGCCGCCAGGACACCGGGAAAUUUCACAUAUGCAGGAUGUUACAAUUACAAAUGCAAUAAAUAUUACUAAAAAUAUAACAGACACAUAGAAAACGAUAUAAGUAAAUAUUAAAUAAGACCAUAUUUUUAUUUUCAGAGCGUAAACUCAGUAUGAAACGUUUCCGUGUGUCUAUCUGUCUGUCUGUCUACCGUCUGUUCGGAUUUUUAUGAAACAGGUAAUCUCCGAAACUACUGAACGAGUUGUUAAAUUUUAUAUGUCUAUUACGAAUAUCGUGUAGAUACU